CAACCGCCUGAGCUACAUGACGGGUUCUCUUUUCGCCGCCAUCGGUGAGGGAGUUCGUGGCUCGAAAUGUUGAGCCCCACCACCGUGCUCCGUUUCAGGCCCAAUUGGAACCCUAAUCCCGGCAAAACUCUAUCUAGGUUUUCGGAAGAGGGGCUCCGGAGAUCCUCCACCGUACCUCCGAUUGGGUUCGAGGAUUUCGCCAGCCAUGGCGAGGGUUCCGAUUGUCCGAGCUGCUGCGGCUGCGCAUUCCACCAAGGAUGCUGCUACAGAAAUCUCUACGCCGCCUAUACAGUAUAUAUGGUUUUCAGCUUAUGGUGAAUGCGCCUCUUCUGGAAAUUGCUUGAAAUGCUUUCUCAUCCUUUUAAGACAUCUAUUUAUGCUCGUAAAUUGGCACAUUUGAAAUCGCAUUUUGACAUAUCUAUGUUCUGAAGUAUGUUGUGGUCAAUUGAAUCUUGCAUAUCAGAUUGUCUUAUGCAUUCUUUUCUACUGCUUCAGCAAGUCCCUUUUAAGAUAUCUGUACAUUCUGUUUUUCCCCUUUCCUUUUUAACAGUUGUCUGUAGCAGCUAUUCAUAUUUGCUUCUUGAUAACUACAGUGUGAUGAUUUUGUUGUAGUUGCUUCAUUUCAUCUAAUCAAACAGAGCUGACAAAUCUAUGUAACUAGCAGUUGUUUACAGGACCCUAUUUGUAUCUGAUUGUUAUAAAUUUUUUUUUCCUGAGAUAUCCACUGAACUAUCCCUUAUAAUUUUAAAUAUUUAUUGAUUCAAAUUGUAUUCUAUUUCAACAAAUUGCUGGAAUGUGCAUCAGAGAUAUUUACAUGCUUAUAUGUAUUAUAGGAUGGUCUUUGAUCUGAACAUAGCUAAAUUAUAAUUAUGGACUGACAAUCCCAUAUAUAAGUCCAGAAUUUGGAUAUCUGAUUUUUGUAACCACACAGUCAUGCACCAUUGUUCAACAUUUUCUGGUUAUACUUUGUUGUGUAUUCUGAACUAUGUGCAUUGUUAGUUGAAUUAUGCUACAGUGAAGUGUUGGCUUUGGCAAUCAGAGUAUCUGACUUGCAUUAUAUAAAAAAGUUCUUAGGCAGUGUUUUAGCCUUUGUCAUCAAGCAUCUUCGUCUUCAAAGUUUUUCAUGAACCAGGAAAAAAAAAAUAGAUAUUUGAUUCCAGUUUUUGCCAGUUAGCUGUGAUAUACAAUCUUCAAUUUAAGGCCUUUUCAAAUCAGAAUUACAUUCCAAAAUUACACCGCCAUGGCUGGGCAAGGGCAGAGAAAGUUUCUUUGUGAAUAUCAAGAUCCUUGCUUGUGAUAGUUCCAUUUUGCAUAUUGCCUGAAACUUAAGCCAUGGUGGUUAAUCAUAUUUUCUUAGUAUAGAUUGAUCUAUUUAACCAAGAGAAAAAAAAAUGUGAAAGUUUCUCUUACAGGUUACUUCUUAAUAAAAUUAUGUUCCAAAUGUUGCUAAUUUGCAGAGAUCAUCAUCAGCACUCAUCAUUUCAAUUUCUUUAAGACAUGGUUACCAAACAUUUCAAUUUCUUAUGACAUGGUCCUCUAUUUUUAACCUUGAACAAGUUAUCCUCUCUAUCAUCAUGCAAGCAAUCAUCCGGGAAAUAAUUAGGACGCUGAAGCAAAAUUUGAGUCUUGCUGAGUGGUUGUAAUAAAAGUCUCUCUUUCACCUGGCGAUGCAAGAAUAUUUUUGUACUCCAUUAUGUUUUAUAUGUUCAUGAUUCCGGAAACAUAUUUCAUUAAACAUAAUGUACAGUCAUGUUUCUUGAACUCCUGAAGUGCAACAAGCUUGAAUGGUGAAUCUUUACAACACAACAGUUCAGCAUCACAAUUACCUCCUUCCAGAGCUGCUCGCUGGCCACUACAGGAACAAAGGGUAGCUUCACACCAGCAUCUUCCAAUGAAUCUACCCAACCUUGGCCAUUAGAUGAAAAAUCUGUACUCCAUUUCAAAAGCACAAAAGCAGCAUGGUUGAUCGAAAUUGUGGAUUUCUGCAUUAUAUGACACAGUUACUUCGCUGAGGAUUCAAGCUUAUGCAAACAGUCUCGAUCCUUCGCGCAUCAGAGUUGCUGCAUCCAUCUUCAUGAAUUCCGACCUGGCUUCAUGAACCCUAGGGAGUUUGUUUUGUUUUCUAAUUCUAUAAAACUUAAUUUUGUUACCAGCAAAAUAUAAUUCUUCAGUUCCCAGUCCUUUUUAUGGUUCCUUCUCACAUUAUUGGUUGAACUCUGUAUCUAUUUCUCAGCAAAUUUUCUGAGAGGAUGCUGCUGAUCAAAGCAAUCCCAGUAGAUACCGUGAACAAAAUGCCAGCGACCAUGAUGGCACAAGGUAUGAGUUUAUAAUGCUUUCAGUGUUAAUUUUGCAUAGAUAGAGUACUUGAAUCUUAGAGAACAACCUAAAUCAAUGACAAUAAGAACAACUCUUAUUUUAGCCUGGCUUUAAAAAGAGAGAUUUAGAGAACAAAUCAAAGACAAGACUUACCCUUGUUAUUCCAACUUGUGUAUUUGAUUGUUCAAACUAUUGGCAACGUCUCGAGGCAUGUCUUUAGACGUGGCGCCUACUCUCAUAACAUUUGAUUCAAGAGUAAUUGAAGUAAAAUAAACGAAUAAGAACAUGAUCAUAAAAGCCAAGUGGCAUCUUCCAAAAUUUCUAUACGCAUUAAAUGCGUUUAGAAAAAUUAAAACAAACCAUUUGAAGAAGUAAGAACAAAACAUGUCAAAAAAAUAUAAUUCAACUUCAUAGACUAAGUUGUUCUUGGAAUAUUUAGGGAUAUUUAAUUCGAGACAUUGAAAAGUGAUUUGCCUCCACUAUUUCGUCUCACAUUUUUUCUCAACGGUAAUAUGGAGGAAUUAUUGAACAGCCUACGUGUACUUCACAUCAUGGCAUGAUUUAGAUGUUUCAUGUUUAUGGGGACCCACAAAGAUGAGUUCCUCUUGUGGAGGGUAAUCUUUGUAGGAGGCAAUAAUGGUAUAAAUAUGUAUAUAUGUAUUUAUAUAUAGGGAAACACAUUACUAGUUGGCGCGCACGUCGCUGAAGGAACUCUCGAUGGGGUCAUAUCAACGUCGUGCUCCCCUCGCGCACGCGCGCGCGCGCGCUGACAGAAUGCAAGCUGUGGGAAGCGAGAGAAAUCCAUAGGCUUGGCGAGAGUUUAGAGCGACGUGGAUCCGACUGCAGCUUUGAUUCCUUUUCUCUCUUCUUUGAUCCCUUUUCUUUAGAUGAAACAAAGAAGUAUUUGAUUUUUUUGAUGCUGGGUUGUGUGGUCGUUUCUGAUCGUCUUCUCCGCCCUUCCCUCGGUUCUAUCACGGGAAGAUGAAGAAGGGGGCACCUAUGGUGCGGAAAGCUUCGCCGUAAUACAGAUAAUGGGGAAUGAUCUGGCGAUCGCUGCUUCAGCCAGUUCCUCCCGUGAUUCCCGCGUCAAGGUGGGAUCUUGAUCCGGUUUCAACGAUCCCCGCGGCUUCUUUCUCCUAGGGUUCACGGGCUUGUUAUGUUCCUGUUAUCUCUAGAGGGGGCAGCUUUUUCGGAUUUUGUGUUUGGAUUUGAUGGCAUGAUAGCUUGACUUCCAAGUCCAUGAGAGAAUUUCCGGUUUGAAGAUAAUUUCAUCAUGUUUGAUUCUAGUAUAGUUUUAGUAGAUGGCAUUGAUCCAUUCCUGGAGGUUUCGGAAGGAUUGUGUUUGUUCGCUUCGAAUGUGAGGAUUGCCAAUUCAAGAUUGUAACUACAUCCUUAUAAGAGUUGGAAGGCAGUUGGCAGCUUUAGUUCCAGAAAUGAAUGCAUCUUAUUGUGGACUGAUACAUUUGGAAAUAAGGUAGAGGGCAUCCUGUCUUUCUGGUAAUGGGCUGCAUUUGUUCCAAAGAUAUCGACUUGGAAGAGGGUGCGGCGAUACAUCGGAGCAAGUCCUUGAGUCGAUUAGCUACCCUUACGAAGAAGGAUGAGGUAGUGGCUGCCAUUAUCGAUGUCGCGAUUAACGGAAGCCAUUGCGGUACUUCAAGAUUUGCAUCUAAGAUACAGGACAAUGCAACCACCACCCUGUCUCUAUCACUGGAUCAAGGGGAGAAGAUGGUUGCCGCUGUUGCUGACAGGACUAGGAAAGUUCAGGCGCAUCAGAGACAGGCUACUGCAGAUGUUGGAGCACAUAGAGAAGGUUCUGAGGCUAUUGGUGUCUCAAGUAAUAUACAAGAAAACUUAAGAAUUGUAGAUGUGCCCAGUGGGUCUGCAAGAGAGCAUGUUGCAGCAGGCUGGCCUUCUUGGUUCGUGUCUGUGGCAGGGGAAGCAGUAAAGGGGUGGUUGCCAAGGAGAGCAAAUUCAUUUAAGAAAUUAGACAAGAUUGGACAAGGAACUUAUAGUAAUGUUUACAGAGCCCGUGAUCUUGUAACUGGCAAAAUUGUUGCACUAAAAAAAGUGCGAUUUUUUAAUAUGGAUCCUGAAAGCGUCCGAUUUAUGGCUAGGGAAAUUCAUAUUUUGCGUAAACUUGAUCACCCGAAUGUUAUAAAGCUUGAAGGUAUAGUUACAUCACGGAUGUCUUGCAACUUGUACCUUGUGUUUGAGUACAUGGAGCAUGAUCUUGCUGGACUUGCAGCAAGGCCUGGUAUCAAGUUCAGUGAACCACAGAUUAAGUGUUAUAUGAGACAACUACUCGAAGGCCUUGCCCACUGCCAUAGUCAUUGGAUUCUGCAUCGAGAUAUCAAGGGUUCAAAUCUAUUAAUUGAUGAUAAUGGGAUACUCAGAAUAGCAGAUUUUGGCCUUGCAACAUUCUUCCGUCAUGACCAGAAACAGCAGUUAACGAGUCGUGUGGUAACCUUGUGGUAUAGGCCUCCUGAGCUUUUGCUUGGUGCCACAGAGUAUGGUGCUGCUGUUGAUUUGUGGAGCACUGGUUGCAUCCUUGCAGAACUACUUGCUGGGAAACCAAUUAUGCCUGGAAGAACUGAGGUGGAACAGCUGCACAAGAUUUUCAAGCUCUGUGGUUCACCAUCAGAUGAGUACUGGAGGAAGUCCAAGCUGCCACAUGCAACCGUUUUCAAACCUCAGCAUCAAUAUAGGCGUUGUGUUGCUGAGACCUUUAAGGAUUUUCCACCUUCAGCUUUAGCGCUUUUGAAUUCUCUACUUUCUAUAGAGCCAGCCAAUAGAGGAACUGCCAUCUCAGCCCUCGGGAGUGAGUUCUUCUUAACAAAGCCAUUUGCCUGUGACCCUUCAAUUUUGCCUAAAUAUCCGCCGAGCAAGGAGUAUGAUGCUAAGCUUGCAGCUGAGGCAAGGAGGCAAAGAGCAGAAGUUGCCCAUGGACGUGGAUCUGAAUGUGUCAGGUUGGGAAGAAGAGAGUCCAAAGGAAUGCCAGUGCUGGAUGACAACGUGGAACAGAAGAAGUGGCGUGCACAGGCAAAUCCCAAAAGCAUCAGUGAAAAGUAUGAUCCGCAAGAUGACAGUGUGUCUGGGUUCCCGAUCGAACCUCCUGGAGGAACAUCACAAAAUGGAUUCUUCCAAUCGGGUGUACACCCUAAUGCAUUUGGAUCCUCGCGGUCUAAGAAAGUGUAUCAUGAAGAGCUCCGGCCAGUUCCCAGCCGUACAUACAGUUCGUUGAGGGUGCCAAACGACCCUCAGUUGAAGACACAGAGGUCAUACAGGCCUCAGUCAGGGUUUGCGGACUUUGCUGACAUCUCAGGUUCAUUUGCAGCAAGAAGCACUGCAACCUCCACAUACAAUCAUCUUGAUGUGGCUAAGCCCUCGGAAAAGCAUGCUCUUGAUAGGCCUUCCUCGUCCCAAAAGAAAGAUGGAACAAUUGGAAGAAAGGAUUCGAUAUCAGGUUAUGGCACAAGAAUUAAACGGAUACAUUACUCGGGUCCAUUGAUGCCCCCAGGGGGAAACAUUGAAGACAUGUUCAAAGAACAUGAGAGGCAGAUUCAAGAGGCGGUCCGCAAAGCACGCCUCGAUAAAGUCAAGAACAAGAAGUAAUUUUGAGGCAGAUCCAAGAUAUGCACCUUCACGAUACAAGUGACAAUGUUGUAGAUUUAGGUAAUGUUUUUUUAUGUUGUACAUGAAACAAAAGUAUUUUGGUUAAUCAGGGUAGCUUUCAAACGCAUAAGUGAGGAAGAUGAUGUGAAACAUUACUUUGUGGCACAUCCCAAGUGAUCAAUUGAUUGCAAUGUUCUUAUGA